ACUCUGUCCUGUAUAAAUAGGCUGAGCAGAGAGUCGAGCCAGACACAAGCAAACGCGCCUUUCUGACUGCGGGAACUUUUCUAAGCAAAGGAUUAACAGGACAGCCUUCGUUGGAUUUAAUCACCAGCGCAGACUCCCAACGCAUCACUAAGAUGACUUUGAAUAAGGAUGACAAACUGCGGAGCAUGGACAAGAGGAGAGGGAGCGUGCCCUUCCCCAUGAAUCUGCCCAACAUGCACAGGAGAAGCAUGCCGGUGGACGACCGGGACCUGCGCGCCACCACGCCGCAGACCGGACAGACCGACGAGCUGUCCAACCUGCUGCGCUGCGCGUCCUACUCCCCCAGCGAGCAGCACCGGGGCAGCUGCGCCUCGGACUCCUCAGACUCUGUCAUCUCCACCGGCAGCGAGGCGGACUCCCAGGUGUACAAGGUGGUUCUGCUCGGGGAGCACGGGGUCGGGAAGUCCAGCCUGGCGCGCGUCUUUGGAGGAGUGGAGGACGGCGGUCACGACUGCGAUGAAGCAGGAAACACGUAUGACAGAUCUAUUGUUGUGGACGAAGAGGAGGCCUUCAUUCUCUUGUACGACAUUUGGGAACAGGAUAACAGCCAGUGGCUGAAGGAGCAGUGCAUGAGGAUGGGAGACGCUUACAUCAUUGUGUAUUCAGUGACUGACAAAUCGAGCUUUGAGAAGGCAUCAGAGCUCCGCAUCCAGCUGCGUCGAGCCAGGCAGUCAGAAAACAUUCCCAUCAUCCUCGUGGGCAACAAAAGUGACCUGGUGCGGUCCAGAGAGGUGUCUGUUGAUGAAGGAAGCGCGUGUGCCGUGGUGUUCGACUGCAAGUUCAUCGAGACGUCCGCCUCCCUUCACCACAACGUGCAGGACCUUUUCGAAGGCAUCGUCAGACAGAUCCGCCUGCGGAAGGACAGCAAAGAGGAGAACGCUCGACGCAUGGCCAGCUGCAGGCGCAGGGAGAGCAUCAGCAAGAAGGCCAAACGUUUCCUGGGCCGCAUGGUCGCACGCAAAAACAAGAAGAUGGCUUUCAGGCAGAAGUCCAAGUCCUGUCACGACCUCACUGUUCUCUGAGCAACAUGUGGACUGCUGUUUUUAUUUUCCUUUGGCCUCUGAAGACCAGAUCCUGUGUGUGUUUUAACACUGAUUCUAAAGGACUAAUAGAAUUGUACAGAAUAGAUUUUUUUAGACACAAACCA